AUUAAUUGUUUUUAUUGUAUGGGGUGCAUUCUUUACUAUCAGUAUAGUUUCAGAUGUUGGUAUUCUAAAAGCCCACUUUUAAAUAUGUCACCCAUGAAUGCAGUGAAUAUAGAGAUAUGCACUGUAAGGCUCUAAAACAAAUCUUUAAAGCCUUAAGGUGCUUUAAGGCUUUAAAGCACCUUAAGUGAAUUUUAGUUAAGUGCAUCACCACCAGGUGGCUACCCACACAACGUUUCAUUCUAUUCUCUAAAUUACAGUUAUUGGUAUAAAGAUUAGGCUUUUUUUUUGUUAUUACAACAUUUUUAAGUUUCACUUAAAAAUGUUAAUUACCAUUUUGACAGUCUGUCACAGUGGAGAGAGCUCAGCCAAAAAGUGAAACUCUAGAUUUACCGGUCAGUCUACCUUCCUACCCUGAUCUAUGGUCAUGAGCUUUGGGUCAUGACUGAAGGAACAAGAUCAUGGAUAAAAGCGGCCGAAAUGAGUUUCCUCUGUAGGGUGUGUGGGCUCUCCCCUUAGAGAUGGGGUGAGAAGCUCAGUCUACUCAGAGUAGAGCUGCUGCUCUUCCAUGAGGAGAGGAGCCAGUUGAGGCUCGGGCAUCUGGUCAGGAUGCCUCCUGGACGCCUCCCUGGUGAGGAGUUCAUGUCCCACCUGAAGGACACUGAGAGGAACCCUGGAGGGACUACGUCUCUCAGCUAGCCUGGGAACGCCUUGGGCUUCCCCAGAGGAGUUAGUGGCUGGGGAGAGGGAAGUCUGGGUCUAACUACUUAGGCUGCUACUCCUGCGACCUGACAGUGGACAAGCGAAACAAAAAUGGUGUAUGGACUAAAAACAUUAAAAAUGGAGAUGAUUUUUAGAAAAGGGCAUUUGUGAAUAAAAAUAUAGCCUCUGGAUUAAAUCAUUAAUAUCUUAAUUUCACUCUCCAUCCCCUUAAAACAAAAGGUCACCUUUUAUUAUACCAAAACUCAAAAGAAUAGAUUUCUUGUACAAGAUCCAGUUUUAAAAAUAUUUCUAAAAACAUUUAUAAAGUUGCAAUUUUAAAAAAAGUGUCUCUAUCUGCCACAAAAUGCAGGAGUUUAUAUUGAAUUUCUUUUGCAGAAAGUUAUUACAGGGAAAAAGUCAUACAUCAUUUUGAAAUUCAUUUCUUAAUUUUUGUGUGAGUGGAAAAGAAAGGUAUAUGGUUCUUAUUUAGAGAUAUAAUUCUUAAAUGUUUUCUUCUCGGGGUAGAGGGGAAAUAUUUAGGAGGGAUUGCUAUGCUGUUUAAUUGAAUGUUUGUACAUUUUAAUAUUUUUUUGACAAAAUCAUCAUAUUAACAUAUACAAUAAAAAAAAUUGCCAUUAAAAAUAUGGUGAAGUUCACAGAGCAAGCCGUCUGUCUCAAAAAAAAAAAUUAAAACGUAAAGAAUUGAAAUAAUUUUUUUUACUUUAUUGUGAAUACAUCAAAUUUUGCUCUAUUUUCAACAAGUUGUAGCAAAGUCCAUUUGAACAGUCAAAUAUCUCAUUUAAUGACUUUGGAAAGCAAAAAUACCUAUGCUGUACAUUUUAAAUCGAUUAUUUAUUUUACUUGUGUUUUUUAGCAGCAUAAAUGCCUAAACACUGAUCGGUCCGCCAUUUUGGAUGUCGAAGUUUAUCUGCAGGGCACAUGGUCCUAAUUCUCAAAUUUUUGCACGCUUGCACACUCGAACCCUUGUUCACUUCGAGUACACACUUCAUAGAGGGGCGGAAGGUACAGUGCCAGUACUGGGACCGGGGCGUAUUCAACUCUCCAGGUCGGACCCUAUAGGAUGCUUGCCGCCGGACGGUUCUCAGUGUAACGCUAAAAGAACUCGAUCGUCUUCCGGUGUAAACAUAAGGCUGCAGUUGGAAUAAAUUCGCCGAAAACUUCAAAAUAGCGACCCAUUAAAAAGCCUAAAAUUAUUAACAGUAUAUUUACGCACUAGGUUUGUUGAUUGUUGUUCUACACGCUGAGUGCAUGAAGUAAUGGAAGGGCCACCGCAGCUACCACCUGAACUUUGGGUUUAUGUGUUUAGCUAUCUUAGCACAGAAGAAAAACACACGGUUCGCUCCUGCUGCAGGCACUUAAAGAAGCUUAUCGACCACCCGUCCCUAUGGAGGGACUACACUGUGGUGAUGUCCGAACUUCGCCGCUACACUUACGGCUUCUGGCACACAUUGAAUUACCGCAAGCUCACCCGGGUGGCUGUGCGACACCUGCGGCGGAAAGAGUGGCGACGUCUGGUAAAGUUCCUCCCGUCGCUCACGGCCAUAGUAUUUGUAGAUGGCGGGCGACAAUAUAAAGAGAAAUACAUGGACAACCUGGCCCGAUUUCCCAACCUACGUGACCUCGGGGUACGAAACGCUACUUGGGAUGAAGCGUUGCUUGGCCACAGCCUAACGCAGCACCUUCAGCAGCGCCUCACACACCUGAGCGUGUGCAACGUGCGGCUGCCCAACACUGUGGAGUUGAUCCAAACUGUGUCCCAGCUGGUCAACCUGCGCUUCCUCCUCUUCCACCAGCAGAGUGAGGGUUAUGGGCUGGACACGGUGAGGCCUGUUCCCCGCAACGACUUCCACGCCAUGUUGCUGAAGCUGAAGAAACUGAUCCACCUUUCCUGGGGGAUGAAGGGGGAGCCGCCAGAACCGCUUCCUGACGACUACCUGAGUCCACCGAACCCAGAACAGCCAGGUGUGUCUUCUCCUUCUACCUGCUGCCAUUGCUUCUCAAGUGACAGCCCGAAUUACGGAAUGUCUUCAUACGGUGGCCCGGCGCUGACCAGCCUGGAGCUUGUGGACUACCCAGAGACUAUCCUCCCUGAAAAUGCUCUGAGGAGUCUGACCUCGCUGCGGUCUCUUGCUGUCCGCUACAGGUACAUCAGAGAAGGGAUUGAGUGUCGACUCAGGUCCUGGCUGACCCCUCUGCGACAGUUGGAGUCACUCACCAUCAUUGGUGGGAACUCCCUUGCUACAUACACAACCACCAUCCCUCCCAGUGUGACCAGGCUGACACUGCGAGUAGCCAUAACUCUGAAAGACAUGGACUCCAUUGCUCCUAAAGUUCCAGGACUGGAGCACCUGGACAUUGAGCAGAACCGUUCCAGUGGAAGCCUCUGCAGACGGAUCCCAAUGCUAUUUCCUCAUCUCAAGACUCUUAGGAUACGAUUUUUCCGGCGGGAGCCAGAGAAAGAUCUCCUUAGUCUCCACAAACUGCGACACCUGGUGCAGCUGGAGCUCCUGGUUGAGCGCUCCUUCAUUCUGAGGGAUUACCUGAACGGCCACCCGUGGCCCAGCCCCUGUGUGCAGGAGCUCAUUAAUGAGCUUCGGGAUCUGUCAGAGAACAGGAUCACUGUCAUCACCACAAUGCGCCAGAGAAACCUUCUAAGAGAGUGUGACUGUUUGUGGGAGGGGGACUGAUCUGCUUUACAUAGGGCAAGACGAGAAGGUACACGGUUCAUAAGUGCAAUGCUCAAGGACAGAGUCAAAACAAAGUUCAGAGGUUAAAGCUGCAGUGGUUGCCAAUUUUCCUAAAAUGAAACAUUUGGAUUCUGUAUGUACGCAUUUCUUAAUAAAUUGACAUUCAUAUCAAUG